AACAGAAUAUACCUUGCUGGCACAUUUUGAGAUGAAAUCAGAGCUGCUCUUUAGCCUUCAAUCUCACAAGUCUCGAACAAAUUGAUAAAACUUAACGAGUCCAAAAAACAAUGUCCACUUACCCAAAUGUUACUCCAACAAACUCUGCUCAACAACGAGGCAAUGAUGAUGAUACAUCCUCAAGAGUGGCUGUUUUGAUGUUACCAUUUCCUGGCCAUAACCAUAUUAACCAACUCCUCCAUCUCUCUCGGAGCUUUUUGUCCUACAACAUCUCCGUCCAUUUUGUUAGCACCCUCGUCACGCCUGCCCGGCGAUUGGCGGAGAAUAUUAACAUUCACUUCCAUGAGAUUCAAAUCCCUUUUUCCAUGUCCAAUACAAAAUCCCUCAGCCCAAAUACUCCAUCGUCAGAUUCCUUGCCAUAUUUGAUUCAUCUCCAUUGUGAACCUGCGAAAAUGCUAGUAGAGAGACUCUCUAAAGAAAUCGAAAGGAUCAUUGUCAUUCAUGACUCUCUAAUGUUCAAAGUUGCGAGAAUGGUACUAGCAACUUGUUCCACAUUGAUAGCGAAACAGGACAUCUAUAGCUUUGCUUCGAGCUCGGCAUUUUGUUAUUACGUGACUCGUCAACUAUUGAUGGGGAAACCUAUAUUAAUCGAUGGCGAACCCACGAAGAAUCUCUCAUCCCUUCAAAGAAAUUGGUCGAUGAUGAAGACCGAAUUUAAGGACUCUUUAAGGGAAUCCCAUACAUUCAACCAUAGAAAUAUAAUCAACACCAGCCGUGUGAUAGAAGGUCAAUUCAUCAACCUCAUUGCUGAAAAGACCAAUCCCAACGAAUUAGAUGAGGAUAAUGAGAAAUGGGCCAUUGGACCUUUGAAUUCCUUACAAAUAUCAGUAAGAGAGGGAAGUACAAACGUUACACACCGCGACAAAUGCUUAGAAUGGCUUGCCAAACAGAGUCAGAACUCUGUUCUGUUUGUUUGCUUUGGUACUACCACUGAAUUCUCUACUGAACAGAUCAGAGAGAUCUGCAUCGGGUUAGAGAAAAGCGGGCAUUGUUUCAUCUGGGUUGUUCCAGAAACCCAGAGGGAAGAUGGAAAAGAUGGAGCAUGGCCAAAAGAUUUCGAAAAUAGAGUUCGGGAAAGGGGAUUGAUUGUGAAAGAUUGGGUGACCCAAUUGGAAAUACUGAGUCAUUGUUCAACUGGAGGAUUCUUAACUUAUUGUGGAUGGAAUUCAUGUAUAGAGAGCAUUUCCAUGGGAGUCCCAAUGGCUGCUUGGCCAAUCAACACUGAUCAGCCCAUGAAUGCUAUUCUGAUCACUCAAAUUCUGAAAGUUGGUCUGAUGGUGGGAGAUUGGGAAAAUAGAAAUGAAUUGGUCAAAUCUUCCUCCAUUGAAGAAGUUGUCAAGAGAUUAAUGGGUUCUGAUGAGGGAAAUCAACUCAGGCAAAAGGCUAAAGAGUUAAGUGAUGCUGUGAAGGGAUCAGUCAAAGAAGGAAGAUGCGCCACUGAAGAGAUGGAAGCUUUUAUUGCUCAUAUUACCAGGCAUGAAAAAAGCUCAAAUCGUUUGACCAAUAACUCAACGAGCGGAUCAGUUACUAUUGCUGGUGAACACCGUGCUAUAUGCAUAAAAAGAAACAUGAAACCUAUUGAUUGGUAAAGUCAUACUUUAAACUAUAGGUCGUCGGUGAUAAAUUGAUGGACAGAAAAACAUGCAAUUACAUGUUUGAGCUAGAAGUUGGAAAAUUCAAAAUUGCAUGUUCUUUGAAGAUUACUCGCUCACCAGUUGAGGCUCUCUCCCAUUUUUUGGAAUGUGCAGCAAGCAUCGGAAAUCUUCACUUUAUCUCCUUCGGAAUUUCUGUCACCACCAUAUCCAUUGUUUUGGUCGUGCCCCAUGUAGUAAGACUCCUGUUUCCUCC